AUGGAUAAAGACGAAAAGAUUGUCUGCAGCGACAUGCCGGCGGACGUCGAAAUGGCCAGCGGAAACACGGAGGUCAUCCCGUCCAGCGGCCUCAAGCGUGAAUUGGGCUCUCGACACAUCAACAUGAUUGCCGUCGCUGGCAUGAUUGGAACGGGACUCUUCCUCAGUUCUGGGCAAGUCAUCGCGACAGCAGGCCCAGUUGGAGCUCUUCUAGCUUAUACCCUCAUGGGGUUCGUUACAGCGGGUGUUGCAUAUACGACUGGAGAGAUCACGGCGUUCAUGCCAUCGACUGGAGGUUUCGUUCGUCAUGCGACCAAGUUUGUUGAGCCUGCACUGGGUGCUGCCACGGGCUGGAACUUCUGGUACACAAUGGCAAUCAACAUGCCCGCCGAGAUCAGCGCCGCAGCCACCCUCGUCCAGUUCUGGAACACAUCCAUCAACCCUGGAGUCUGGAUCACCAUAUUCCUCAUCUUCAUCAUCGUCGCAAACCUUUGCGGAGCCAAACUCUACGGAGAGUCCGAAGUCGUCUUUGCAUCCCUCAAGAUCAUGCUCAUUAUUGGUCUAAUCAUAGGCGGACUAGUCAUUGAUCUCGGUGGAGCACCGAAUCAUGAGCGGCUGGGCUUUCGGUACUGGAUCCAUCCAGGAGCCUUCAAUACUUAUAUAAAGGACGGUUCAGCUGGACGGUUCCUCGCGUUCUGGAAGGCAAUGCUACCUGCUGCUUUUAGUUACGGCAAUAUUCAAGUCGUGGCUAUCUCAGGAUCUGAGACACGUAACCCCCGGAAGCUCAUCCCAGCUGCGACAAAGAAGACAUUUUACAGAAUAUUCUUCUUUUACUUCUGCAGUAUUUUCAUCGUUGGUCUUAUUGUACCAUACAACGACCCAGCUCUCGGCGUCUCUACCGGAACCGCUUCACAAUCCCCAUUUGUCAUCGCCUUUCAACGAUCAGGUGUUUCAGUCGUGCCAUCGAUCAUCAACGCUGUUGUGUGUACCUCGGCAAUAAGCAGCGGAUCCGCUUGUAUCUUUAUCGCCUCUCGGACUCUCUUCGGUCUCAGCUGCGAUGGUCAUGCUCCUCAGUUCUUCCAGCGCUGCAAUAGAUUUGGCACCCCUCAUUAUGCAGUCGGCAUGAGCUGCCUCUUAUCACCACUUGUGUAUUUGACAGUUGUGAACAACACCUCCGUGGUCUUCUCAUGGUUUGUGAACAUCACGACUGUUGCUGGCCUCAUCGGCUGGGUGGUCAUCCAGGUGACCUAUCUCCGUUUCUUUGCUGGUCUCAAGAAGCAGGGUUACAGCAGAGAAGAACUUCCAUAUAAAAGUCCCUUACAGCCGUAUGUGGCCUGGGCAACAUUACUUAUGGUGUCCCUGGUAAUCCUGUUUUGUGGGUUUGACGUCUUCGUGAAGGGCCACUUCACUGCUCAGGGAUUCAUCACAUGCUACAUCAACAUCGCCAUCUUUGCUGUACUUUACUCAAUCUUUAAGAUACGACUGAGAUCGAAAGUCAUACCGACUUCACAGAUUGAGCUCAUUGAAGAGUUUCGAUCAAUUCGGGAAGAGAAGCAGGCGGAGGAAGCUGAUCAGCAGCAUAAAUAA